AUGGCUGCGUCCAUGCCGUCGCUGCCCUUUCCUUUCGGUCCUCAGAUCCCUCUGACUCCACCUCCUGAUUACCAGUCAUUUUCACUCCCCGGGGGACCGACACCACUCUCACCAACUCUGCUCAAAUCUUUUACGCGGGAAACGUACGGACAUGGCAACGGCCUUCUCGGCAACAGUCUCAGCGGUGGACCCGGCGGCCUUGCCGGCAGCCUCAAGGGCGUAGGCCCUCAAAGCGGGAUAACGGCGAGCCAGCGGCCGAUGCCGGGUACCGUGAACGCCGGUAUGAAUGGAGGACCAAAGCACGCAUUUCCACCACCGGUCCCACCACUACCGUCACUAGUACAGCAGCAACAGAGCGGUCAGCAAGGGAGUAUCAAGGUGGAACAAACAACGGCACCAUCUUCAACGGUAAAGACAACAACUGCCUCUCCAUCGACAACGGCAGCACGUCGUCGGGCCACGCCGGGAGCCAAGACGACAGGGACGGCUUCCACAAGACCAACAGCAGAAGCAGUAGCAGCGACGUCGUCCGAGGGUGGGACCCUGUCGCCGUCCGACCCGCGCUACCUGGCCAUCGCAUCCCGUAUCGCCGCCUACUACCACCAACGGUGCCAGGCCGUCGCCAACCUCCAGCAGCAGCGGUACCUGGCGUGGGCCAGCAUGCAGCGCCAAAAGAGCCAAGAGAUGACGCAGGCAGCCAUGCUGGUGGUCGCCUGGUACAUCCGCGACCGCAUCCAGCGGCGGCGGCGGCGGAAAAAGCGGCAGUUCCGUCGGGGCCUGGCAGUCAAGGCAGCAGGCGAGGACAACAAAGUCAGAGUCGUAGAGGGUGGCGGCCGUAGAGCACGCCGCUCGAGUGCUGCUGUUCGCACCGGACGCCCUGUGACCAAGGGCGAGGCCGUCCGCAAGUGGGUGCUCCAGGUGCCAGAGUUGGACGACGCUGUAUCGCCCAACACGCCCGGCGCACGCGACCGCCCGGCCGACCCGGACGAGGUCGCCUUUGACAUUGACCGCGACACGCCGUCAGACAACGACACGCGGUUGUACAAUGUGGCCGACAACCUGAUCAAGAGCCAGCUGGCGCGCAUCAACGUGCCCAUGAUGGGCGCCCUGUCGUUUGACGCCAGCGAGAGUGAGAGCGAGAGCGAGAGCGAGAGCGAGAGCGGCGAUGACGAAGAGGCCGAGGGGGACGACGACCUAUACGACGACAGCAAGCCUGUCGGCCUGGGCGCACACAGCGUCGAGGACGAUAGCAUGGUUGACUACGAGGAGCGCGGGGCGCCCAUCGAGGCCGUGGCGGUCGGCGUGGAGGCGAUGAUCAAGGACGCCACGGCCCCAGCGACGGCUGCGCGGGCCGGCCUCGGUGCCGGUGCUGUCCCGCAGCCUGCCAGCAAGCGCGGUCAUUCCGAUGAAAACGACGUCAAGAAUGACAUGGACGACGACGACGACGACUACGACUUUGACGACGACGACGAGUUUGAAGAGGAGGACGACUGCGACGACGGCCAGGACGGCGCGGACCCGCAGGUGUCGGAGCUGAGGCACAACGGCACGGGCGCAGGCGGUGGCAGCAGCGGCCGUCGUCGGGAGACGAGCUCGUUUUUGUAG